AUGCGUGUUUACAUGCACAUGCUGGCAGCAAAUGCCAAGUUGCCUGUGGCCCCGGCACAGUUGCCUCUUGGUUACCAGCCUCCCCUGCCCGCAAUAGACGUGCUGUGGACAUGCGAAAUACGGCGUAAUAUCAUUGUCUCUUUUCCGGAGGGCGACGAGAGCGAGGCAGCGCCUGGGGGGGUGCGGGCGGGAUGCCGUGCCUGCGGUUCGUUCGGACAGACUGACAGGGCCGCCUCUCCCUCACGCGCACAGUACAACUGGAUUCUGACAUGCCAUGGUGGUACGCCAGCGCCGUUAUGGCGGGGCAAGAGGCUGCUUAGCCCUAGCGACGCCAUCUUGCGUCCUGUGCGAGCACGGCCGUCAGAGGGCAGGAUUUUGGGUUUGUGGUGGUUUUGCUUGGUGCCCGCGCGCUUGCAAGCAUCUGUGGCCUUUGCUUUGGCCCCCUCCUCCUCCUCCUCACGGGAGCCCUCCGAGCUGGAGCGACACGCAAAACCUAAGCAUCAUGACGGCCGCGAGGGGGAGUUGAGGCACAGCACAGCGAGCGGAGAAGUCGACCAGUCAAGUCGUCGCCCAGCAAACAAGGCACGGCACAUGCGUGUGCCGGAGCGCGUUCCGACAGACAGUGCAGAUUCGCCUUCAGACUCUGGCACCCCGGUCGUUGCCAUGUGGUUUCUAGUCCCAGGUCCGGGGUGUUAA